GCUCAUCUCCGACCUGAAGUUUGAUGUAUUUUUUUUUUUUAUCACGGAGCCGCUGACUGCUGGCACGCACGCGCGCGCGCGGCCGCCUUCCCAUUGGCUGCGCGCGGCGUCGCUCAGAGGAAUGACGCCUUCGCCGCUGUGAGCAGCUGAUGCUGAGGCUGGACGCUGCGCCCGCGGAUUCGGGUCUGCUGCUCUCCGUCCGGAUCCGGACCCAGUCGGACAUUCUGGUGGUCGCAUCACGAAGCGCGGGCCCGGGCUCUUUUCUGCCCGCCUGUCGCUCCACAUGACGCCUCUUCAUCCCCCCCUCUUCAUCAUCAUCCUCACCCCCUCAGCUGCAGRUGUGUCCAGGUGCAGCUCUGGAUAAAAGCACAGUUAUGGAAUGAAGACACGAUUAAAUCCUAAAUUCUCCCAGAGCCACRAAGUAAGAGACGUUUAAAGAAACCUUAAAUAUCUGAAGACAACGGGAGAAGAAGAGUGAYGAUGGCGUGGAGUCGGGAGGCGGCCAUGUUCCAACAGGAGUCUGAGGUUUGCUCCGUCAGCCGCCCAGCCAAUCAGGAGUCUGCAGUCCCGUCCCUCAGCUGCUCGUCCAAUCAGGAGGCUUCUCGUUAAAACAGAGGAGCUGGUUUCACCUGGAGGAGGAGACCCCGCCCCUCGGUGAUGUGAUGAAUAAGUUUGAAGUCCUUGGCAUUGUGGGAGAAGGAGCGUAUGGAGUGGUGCUGAAGUGCAGACACAAGGAAACCAACGAGCUGGUGGCCAUCAAGAAGUUUAAAGACAGUGAAGUCAGUUCUUCAGAUGUCCUCAAACUCUGCGACUUUGGUUUUGCUCGUAACCUGUCUGAAGGAACAGAUGCCAACUACACAGAAUAUGUUGCCACCAGGUGGUACCGCUCACCUGAGCUGCUGCUGGGGGCUCCAUAUGGAAAGGCUGUGGACAUGUGGUCGGUGGGGUGCAUCCUCGGGGAGCUGAGUGACGGACAGCCUCUGUUUCCUGGUGAAAGUGAAAUCGAUCAGCUCUUCACCAUUCAGAAGGUUCUGGGUCCACUUCCUGCGGAGCAGAUGAAGCUGUUCUACAACAACCCGCGGUUUCACGGGAUAAGGUUUUCUUCAGUCACUCACCCGCAGACGUUGGAGAGGAGGUACCAGUGCAUCAUGAGCGGUCUGAUGUUGGAUUUAAUGAAGAAUCUGCUGCUGCUGAACCCGACGGAGCGAUAUUUAACCGAGCAGAGUUUGAACCACCCCGUCUUUCAGCCUCUGAGGCAGGUGGAGCGGGAAAAACCUUCUCCCACCUCUCCGAACCCGCCGCGCUCCUCCAAGAGGAAAACCCAUCACCACGGGGAGAACACGGUCCCUACGAGGAGUCACAACAAGAGCUCGAGCCGCCGCUCCACCAGCAAAGAGUGCUCCAGCCUCCCUCGCCACGGGGACCUCCAUCACCUCAGCAACGAGAGUUUCCUGAACGGUAACAAGCCGGCGCCGUCCAGCCUGAGCCCCACGCUCCACCCAAAGGGCCAGUACUUGUCCCAGACCCUGAACCGCUCCGCCUCCUCCAACAAAGACCUAGCUAACAACAACCUGCCGCACCUCCUCAGUCCCAAAGAAGCAAAAAACAAAACCGAGUUUGAUUUCAAUUUGGGACCAUCGACAAAGUUAACGGAUCAGGGACACGGAGCCAAGUACAGCCUCAGCAAACCGAGCUCCUCUCGCUCUCAGCAGCAGCAACAACAACAACAACAGCAACAACAACAGCAACAACAACAACAACAACAGGCAGGACGACACAACUUCCUUGAAAAUAAAACCAACACGCUGCAGUCUGGAGCAGAGAAACAACAUGGCCGCCAUGCCCACAGCAUGGCCGACUCCGCCCACGGCUCCAUGUCCUCCUCUUCCAAAAGUUCCGCCUCGUAUCUCAGCCUGUCCAAGAGCCACGGCGCUCUGAGCGACGCCAAAUCUGUGGGCAACCUCAGCGACGGGCGACUUCAUCCCGACGACCUCAACGCCAACAUGGCAGCUGUUCCAGGACCAGGUGCCCGCUUCUUCCCUGCCAGCUGUUUAGACCUCAAUGCCCCUCCAGGUCCUCCGGGACCCCCCGGCAGCCCCUCUGCCCGACACAGCGAUCGGUCUGGACACAGCCCCGCCUCUCGGGGCAGCGGGAACAUCCGCAUGGAGAGCAGCACUCUGGACUCCUCCUCCAGACACAAAUCCAGACACAAAACUUUAGCUCCAGAAGAUGCUGGAGCUCCAGAGCUUUUGGACCCAGGAGGACCAGCGAUGCCCAACACCCACACCCUGCCAUCUCCACACGAGUCUUAUCACUACGGACUGGGCUACACCUCCCCCUUCUCCUCUCAGCAGCGACCUCAGCGCCACUCCAUGUACGUGAGGAGGGAACGCCAUCGACCGCAUGUGCUGGAAAACAGCAGCAUGGCGGGCUUGCCUCCGCCGGGGCAGGCCAUCCCGACCAGAGCCAGCAGCCUGCAGCUCCUCUCUCCUCAGCUGCAGCACCGGACCACCCUGACCGGACACUCCGUGAGCUCCUCCAGGGAGGACUGCACCGACGACAUGACGAGGAGUGAGCAACCCCCUAAAGACAUGAGCCACCCCUGUGCCCCCAUCAAAGACUCUACGAGGGACAACUCAGCUGCUUUUCACACGCAGCGCUCUAAAAACGAGGUCGGGAUGUAUCACGACCCUCAUGGCGAUGACGGCGGCUCUGCCAAGGAGAACCGCAUGAUCUUCACCGAGUCCAUGCCUCGAAGAGUCGGCAGUUUUUACAGAGUCCCCUCCCCCAGACCGGAUAACUCCUCUUCUUUCCACGAAGGUGUUGGUCAGGGUCGAGGACCCGUAGGACCCGUUGUAGCUGGCGACCCGGGUGGCGUGGCGAACCACUCCAAACGCCAGACAGCUUUUGACUGGACGGCUGCAGAGGCGAUGGUCAUGAAUCCUCCUGAGCCAACCAAAGAGAAGGAGAAACAAGGAUUCUUCAGAUCCAUUAAAAAGAAAAAGAAGAAGUCACAAAUAACCGACAUGGAGGACGGCAGGAACCCCAGCAUCAAGAAAAGCCUUUUCCCCCUUUUUAGCUCUAAGAAUAGCUUAAAGCACAACUCAGCUGUGAAAGUCCUGCCUGUAGUGGCCUCUCCUCUGGUCCAGCACCAGCCUGCUGCGCCCUAUCCUGCCUCACCAGUGAGCGGAAACGGACAGGAGCACCUGUCCCUCCAGAGGAGCUCCAAGUCCUCCUCUCACCACAGCAGCCGACGGAAAAACCGCGAGCGAUCCAGAGACCGGGACCGGGACCAGAGCAGGGACCGAGACCGGGACCGGGAGCGCGAGAGAGAAAACAAGAGAGAGAGGGAGAGGGGGCGAGAGAGGGACCGAGUCUCUGAUUGGCCGUCGGACAAACAGGUGGACUCUCACUCCCAGAGCCAACCGCUGAAGUCUCUCCGUCGACUUCUUCAUCUCUCCCCCUCCUCCUCCUCAAACCAGGGACAGCCCCCUCCUCCCCCACAAGACCUGCGCUUCCAAGCCCCUCUGCCCAACCCGCCCCAGCCCUCCUCCAAACCGGGUUACCCCGAGACCCGAGGGCACACGGAGGGCCGGAGCCACUCGGGGGUCAGCAGCUCCGGCCAGCCGAAGAACCGCAAGGCCAGCUACCCGCUACCGGGACAGAUCGAGUCCAGCUGGCACGUGUCCGCCCUGCAGCGAGUGGAGGGGGCCCAGUUCACCCCGGAACAGCUGGGCAUCAAACCGGGUCAGAACGGUCCCACCUUCACCCGGGCCUCCCGCACCAGGAUGCCCAAUCUCAACGACCUGAAGGAGACGGCUCUGUAACGGGUCCAGAACCGCUCGAUCCUGGAUCCUGGACUAAAACCUCACAAGUUCUCCAUCAGUUUCCUGUUGAUCCUCGUGAAACCUUCAAAGACCAGACAGGCCCGUCAUAACGGUACAAGAAAGAACCCGGGUCCUCUCAGGACUCUGGACCUGGACCAGAGGAACCCGAAGGGGGACGCCGGCCUCUCUGCUGCCACCUCCUGCUCACACGGCGCCGCUGCAGCGACAGCGGCCGACAAACUCGGAGGGUUUUCAAACUCUGAUCUUUGAUAACAAAAAAACAAAAGAGAGAAAGAUUUAUAUCAUUAUUUAUUAAAUAUUUAUGUUUUCAAUUCAAGGAUAUAAGCUAUAAAUGACAGCAUGUAGGGAAUAUUUUAAGGUCAUUUUGGAUUAAAUGUGUAACUGCAAGAGCUUUAGUUUCAACAGAGAGAUGAAUAGAUAUUUAUGUGUUAAUAUAAUAAGUCAAGAAGAAUAUUUAAUAAUGAUGAAUGUCCCUUUUUUGGUUAUUUAUGACGUUUUAACAGAUUUCUUUCCAUUGUGUUAUUUUUUACAAUCUUUUCCCGUUGAUCUCAUUGAGGAGAAGAAACUGAUGGAAACCUGAAUCUCUGAGGAGGUAGAAGUCUCACCUGUCUGUCUGCAGGGUUCAGUAGCAGAUCUGUGCUUUACAUCCACUUAUUGUCACGUUUUUUUAAAAAAACUGAACCACUUUAUGAGUUUGUUUACCGUGAAAACAGCUUCAUGCUGCCAUCUUUGAGUUGUCUGGAACCGUCCAGAGACAGACGGACCUCUGAGGUUUGAACGACGACGACGCUCGGCUGCGAGGUGGACCUCAGCUAAGACCUUUAAGAGCUUCAAAGGAUAAGUCUGGCUUUAUUUCUUCUUGUACCUACAUUUAAAAGAGAAAAACAGCAGUUUUUACUGCAACCGUCCCAACGAUCAGAACUGAAGAAGGUUUUUAUAUAAAAAGUGAAACUUCUUCCAAAAAACAAGAAAGGAAACCAGUUAUUAUCCAUCAGCAGGUCACAGUAAACCAGGUUUUCUCCACAUUCUCUCAUGAGAAACGUUUAGGCUUCCCUCAAGGAACCCACAUCACCGCUGCCUUUCAUGAGCUUUAAAGUGCCUGUGACGUCCAAUUUUUGUUAUACAUAUGAAUGCAUUUUUAGAAAGAGGACAUUGAUAAAAU